AUGCAUCGUCAUCAUACGAUACUCGUUGGCAUGGUCGCCGCAUUGGCGUUGACGGUGAACGCAACAACUUGUAAUUCAACAAACCCAUGUCCAGCUUCCGCGCCAUGCUGCAGCGAGUUUGGAUUCUGUGGAUCGGACGAUUUCUGCCUCGGUGGUUGCAACCCCCUAGCUUCCAAAUCUCUCGAUUCCUGCAUGCCCGCCCCCAUGUGCCAAGAUGCUACGCAUACCUUUGCCGACAACUCACGCAUUUUGACCAAAGCAGCCUUCUUUGAUGGCAACGCGUCGGCAUAUGAUUUUGUGGUCGACAAGGGCACGAUCAUGAACACCAAUUCUUCCGGCGGUGAACUUGCGUUACUGCUUACGAAAGACAACGGUGGUACCCGCAUCUCCUCAACGCGACAUGUUCACUACGGAACCAUCACGGCCCGACUUAAGACAGGGCGUUGGGGUGGUGUGGUGACUGCGUUCAUUACCAUGAGUGGGAUUAAAGAUGAGGUAGACUGGGAGUUCCCUGGCUCGACUGUCACCGAGGGUCAAAGUAACUUCUUCUGGCAGGGUGUCAUCCCCGAUGGCCACAACAACGGCGAGACCCAUAAAGGAAUCUCCGACACCUUUGCAAACUAUCAUGAUUACACUAUCGACUGGCAACCAGACGCUCUGACAUUUGGCAUUGAUGGCAAGACUGUGCGCACGGUUCGUGCGUCUGACACGACAGACGGGGGUGUUGUGAAGUAUCCUACCACACCCGCCCGUGUGCAACUGAGCAUCUGGCCCGCUGGCAUCGAGAGUAGCCCUCCCGGUACAGUUGAGUGGGCUGGAGGAAUGAUCAACUGGGACGAUCCCGAUUACAAGGCCGCCGGGCAAUUCUAUACGCUUGUCAAGUCCAUCUCGAUCAAAUGCGCAGACCCAACGAAAGCAGGGAAGAACAUCACCUCGUACGUCUACGGGGGUAACUCAACAAAGGACACCCCCUCGGUUGCGUUUAGCAACCAAACCACUUUGCUGAAUGGUGCCUUGAGUGUUGGGCCCGCUGGUACCACUGUUAACGCUGGGGUGGCUCUCGCGAUAGCAGUCAGCCUGUUAGCGACCCUCACUAUCCUUUAA